GUUCUUAGAGCCGAAUCAUUUACGACCGACCCAUCAGUACAGCUAAACACCGAAAACCUGACCAAAGUAACGUUAGCUUACCUAAGUAACCAACGUAAUUUUCCAAAAAGAGUCUAAAAUAAUACAUUUAAUUACAUAAGAUAGAUUUAAACAUCUGUUUUUGGAGAUACACUGAGAAACUAAAAGUGCUGCUCAACGGUCGGUCUGAAAAAAUCGUUAAUUCAGUUCCGUUACCAAGCUAAAUAGUUAGCCAGCUAGCUUAGCUAGCUAUCUGUAUUAGCUUAAUCUUUUAGCUAACAAAUGAAAUAGGGACGCUUCUGUUAGUGUUUCUGGUUUAAAAUAUCAUAUUAAAGUAGAUGAUAUUUAGCAUUAGUUUACUCCCAAAUUAAUGAGCUAAGCGAGAAGCUCUAGCUAUGUUGAAUUAACUAAAAGCUUAGCUAGCUAAGCUAAGCUAGUUAGCUUAGUCAGCUAAAUUAACUUGACGUUUUUUUGGACACAUCUGAUUUAACUAAAAUAUUUGUCUUCCUCUCUUUAGAGUAUAGUUAUUGAGUUAGUUAGCUAUAAUGGAAGACCAGACUGGUUUAACAGGUUUGGACAAUCUGCUGUUACAGUUAGCUCUAGAGACUCGAGAAUUAUCCCAGAAGAAGGAAGAGCUAAAACAGCAAAUUCAAAUUUAUAGAUCCAGCAUACAAACAAAGAAACAGCACAUUGAGGAAACUCAGAAGAAUAUUAAGAAAUUAGAUGAAGAAAUCUCGCAGAAGCAGAAAACUGUGAAGUGUUUCAAAGAAAAUGUGAAGAGCCUGCGUGGAACAAAUAACCUUCUACUUCAGUAUGAAAAGACACUGGAAUCUGAGCUAGAAAGGAGACAGGACAGCUGCAAUCAGGACAUGAAAUUGUUUCAGGAAAGAAUUGAUAACUACAGGAACGUAUUUCAGCAGUACAAAGAGGAAUAUUGCAAAAAUCCCCUGGCUAAACAACUCCUAAAAUUUCAAGCAGAGAAUGAAGAAAUGGAGAAAAGAAUUCGAGCCAAAGAGGAGGAAAUGAUUGCAAAAGAAAAAGUGCUAAAUACUCUAAAAGAGGAUCACAGUGCAUGUGAGAGCGGUGAAAGACCAUCUCAGUCACAAGAUGCAGCACUGCCACCUGAGAGUGACUUUCAGCCUCAGGCUGAUACAGCCAUACAUGAUGAGCUUCCACCACAGGGCACAGAAGCAGAGCAAGAUAUUCUAACUGAAAUGGAAGAGAAGACUAUGGAGAAAAAAGAGGACCAGGCAGAUGGCUUUGAUGCGUCUAAUGCCUCUCAAGUGGGCGCACUUGGCAGCACAGUUUGGACAAAGCCAGAUUUAAGUUGUGAUCUAAUUCAAGAGGCACAGCAGAAACAACAAGAGCAAGCAGCUGACGUGCAGGAUUUCCAUAUGAACACCUCGUUUGGGCCUGAUGUCAUGGAGGAGAUGAUGAAGGGGAUGGAGGUUGAAGACCAGCAGGAACAUGAAGAAGCUGUUGAUAAGGAGAGCACUAAUGAGGGAGCAGCCCCAUCAUCUCCUGUCAGAAUGUCUGCAGCUCUCAACACCCCAACAUUCUCUCUGAACAGCCCCAGUACUUCACCUGGCCGCCGGCAGAGUUCAGAAGGAGCAGCCUUCGUUUUCUCUGUGCACUCGGAUCCAAGCACACCCGGGUUCUCUGGAUUUGGCUGCAACUUUGAUGUGGGAUCAAAUCCAAGCGAGGAGUCGCCUCUUAAAUUUACAAGCCCUUAUUUCAGCAGCAAGAAGUCCCCUGAAACAAAGUUACCAGGCUUUCUGUUUGAUGAGAUGGAGGGUCGUCAGGAAGAGGAGUUUGCAUUUUCUUUUGGGGCAAAGAGUCCUCAGCCCAGCACCUCCAGCCAAGAGGAAGGAGGCACUGGAGAUCCCUUCCCUUUCUCCUUCAGCUUUGGAAAGUUUUAGUUCUGUAAGCAGCUUGUGCUUUUGUUCUUUACCUUUAUAUUUCUGAGGUGAUGUUGCUUUUAUUUAAUCUCAGUUUAAUCUCAUUGUUCAAGUUGGGGAGAGGUAUUUUUUGUAAUUAUCUGAUUGAUAUUUGGCCAAACUGAAUGAAAUUCAAAUACUAAAAAGUCUUUCUGAACAGUUUUAGUUGCACAUUUUCACAGAAUUUUCUGUCAGCUUACUGAAAAAUGUUCCUGUUUUCACUACUGAAAGUAUGUUCUUGUUCUUGCUGUGAAUUUAAUAUAUUCAACUUUCUCAAGGCUGGAGGAAUGAGUUGUUAUAACAUGAAGUUUAAUUUAAUUACAUUCAUAUUACUUUAAUAACAUUCAGUUCACAUUCAUGAUUUACUGUUAUUUGCUACUUUAUACAGAGGAGUGUUACAGUGCACCUAACACCUAAAGAAUGACUUCAUAAACACUGACAAUUUAUAUGGAAGGUUAAUUUAGAUGUUUGGAUAACACUUGUAGAGCAUUUUAAAAUAUAUCACAUGGUAGGCAACAAUUGUGCUAAGCAUUAUCAAAAUAAACCUGAAGUGUUAUAA